AUGUCAUUACACAAAGAGAACAUUUUCUUAAAUUUGAACCAAUGUGCCAUCAAAUAUUACAAACUCAAGAAAUCAAAUGAUGAAUUGAGAGGUGCCAAUGUUGAAUUUCCUACCAUUGUCAUGACAACAAUUUUCGUAAAGGGCAUACAAGAGGAAUUAACCAUUGAUGAUUUAAAGAAAAUACUAUUGGCCGAUAUGGAAUGUAAAUGGAGACAAGUACACGAAGGAGACUAUUGUAAAUUAUUUAUUUGUAUUAAAAGUAUGGAUAAUUCACAAAUGAAGGAUAGUUUUAGAACCGUGACCUGUCAGACAUUGGAAAGAAUUGGAAUUAAUAUUCAUGAUGAUAAUAUUUAUUUUAUUGAUGAUAGAAAUAGUUUAUAUUUGGAGUCGUUGGCUAAUUAUACAUUUAAACGAAUGAUAUCGAAUCAUCUUAUACAGAAUAUUCCAACAUUUGAUAUCAAAGUUGGUCAAUUUGUAAAGAAGGAAUUCCUAAUUAAAUUGACACUAUACAAAGAUUAAAGAAAUAUGAUAAUGAUAGUAAAUGUAUAUAUAUUGUGGCU